UCUGGAUUGCAGCAUCAAGGACGCGAGCGCCGCCAUCUUGAAAGACGUGAGUGUGACGCAGCUGACGUGCUCCCGUGAUCCUCCAGAACCCGCGAACUGCAGAAGUUGACUGGCACCGCAGAUCUCUGUAUGACAGCUCAGCAUGACCUGCAUCGGUAGACCUGGAUUCCUCCUAAGUGACAGUGACUCCAGUGAUUCAGAGGAGCUGCCUGUGUUUGAUUUCUCACAGUCAAAAUCCAGACAGCCCAACUUGGUGGUUUUAGACAGUUCAGACUCAGAAAUGGCUCCUGUUGCUGAUUCAGUUUCAUCUCUGGAGGUCCACGCCUCUGCUGGAGCUGCUAGAAGUGACGUGUUGAUGCUCAGUAGUGACAGCGAAGAGGAGGAGGAGGCCAUGAUUCCCUUAGCUGUAAGACUGAAACAGAAACAGCUUGGCCUGGGUACAGCAGCCACCAGUGCAGAGGAGACCCGGGCUUCCAAUGCGGUUUCCAAUGGAUGUUCUCGCCUCUUAGAUGCUCCUCCAGCACAUCAUAUCAACCCCGAGGCCCAGCCAGUUGAACGUAAAAAGAUCUGUAGCAAUACAACAAGGCAGUGCAGCUCUAAUGACGAUGUACCAUACCUCACAAAAGAACCUCCACCUGAAGCGGAGAAUGGCACUUACCUGGCCAAAUGCAAGAAAACCCCAGCAGAAGUGGAGGCUGCCAGACAGGAAGCCCUGAGGAAAAGAGCAAUGCGAGAGCAUCAGCAGGAAGAGAAGGAGAGAUUGAGGAUGGAGAAGAAAGCUCUGGCUGAUGCUGUGAAAGCCCUAAGGCCAGAGGAGUGCAUCAAACACAUGGUGGUGACGGUCGACCCAGGCUUACUGCAGCUGGAAGGUGGCGGCGCUCUCCUGACUUCCCUGCAUGCCAUGGGCUGCAACUGUGCCAUAGAGAAGCAGUCUCUUCCUCGUAGUGUCACCUGGGCUAGACGCUCACCCUGCCCUCAGACUGGUGAGAUGAUGUCCAUUCCAGACUCAGAUACUGUAAUCCAAGUUCCUGUGGAUGACUUUGUAACCAUGAUUAAUAACUACUGCAAGAGGCAAUGCAACGGUGUGUUGACGGAAAGUGGCAUAUCUCUGACCGCCUGGAUCCAAGGACUUAUGAGCAGGAACCCAGGCAGAACCAUCAGUCUGGUUGUGAUUGACAUAGAGAAGUACUUCAGAAGCCAGAAUUCAAAAUGUCAGAAGAAAUACCGUGAAGCAGUGCUGGGUGGGGAGAAGAAUGUGGGACUUCAGGGAGGGCAGAAAAAGAGAAGAAAGAAAGACGAUAUCAAUCAGCUUCCUGAGGUCUCGCGAGUGCAGGUGGAGGAGGCUUUGGUAGACCUGCAGCUGCAAACUGGGGUGCAGGUUCGCUUCCUCUCUACCUGGAAAGACUUCACUGAUUAUAUUACUAUGUUAACCAAAGCAGUAGCCGAGGCACCGUUCAAGCGGGAGCGAGAGAAGACGGGAUUCACAUUUUGUUUGGAGAGUGAGUGGGCGGGGGGUCAGAAGGUGGACCGCUCAGGGAACGGCCUUCUGCAAGUUUGGAAGAGACAAAUACAACAGUUGAACCGCGUCAGCCCUGAUAUGGCCAGUGCUAUACUUAAUGCCUACCCCUCUCCUCGGCUUCUUGCUCAGGCAUAUGCACGGUGCAAAUCGGAACAUGAAAAAGUUGGUCUGCUGGCAGACAUACUAAUUCGCCGUGGAGAGGGUGUGACAUCUACAACCCGCAGAGUUGGUCCGGAGCUUUCCAAACGGAUGUUUCUUUUGAUGACGUCACGUGACGCCCAUCAGCCCCUUGAUUCUGCUGUAUAGGUUCUUCUGUCUCCUCUUCUGUCUACACAUGAGGACAGAUGUCAAAAGCAUUGUUAUAGAUAUUUAUUACAGUUCAGAUAUUUUAUAAACUUCAAGCCUGAAUUUGCCAGAUUUUCAGUUAUAUUUUUGUCUGUUUGUACUAUAAAUUGUUGCCAUUAAAUUCUUCUUAAAGU